CUGGGCUUAUUAAGUUCGUUUCUACCCCAUUGUUUUAUAUGACAUUGACAAUCCGCUAUAAUAAAACAAGUGGUACAAAUGUUUACAUGAUGUUUAAUUGACUUUUCCCGUUGUUUGAUCAAUAAUCGCCUUUAAGAAAACAAAAAUUUUAUGUGUUUCUAAAAAAUGGACCACAAAAUUGGUGCUUGUUCAAAUAGCAACAAUGAAGUUGUUCCAGUCAAGGCUUUAAAUAAAUCAAAAGACCCAGAAUAUUCACAAAUUACUAUAAGCGAAUUUUUGAAUUUCCUUAAAAUGGCCUAUCAGGUCCAGGACUCAGUUGAAGGUGCUCUCGUAGCUGGAGGCAUGGGUGAAGCUGUAAAUUGGUUAAGGUCAAAAGAAAACGAACUUGGCAAAAAAAAUAAAAGCCAGUGCUGUCAAACAUCGGACACAUUGCUUCCAAAACCCUCUCCCGAGGACAUCAAUGGUAUUUGUCGUAAAACGAGUUUAAUAAUGAAUAACUCUGAUAUUUUGAAAAAGAAACUUCAGGAGGUUCUCUCUGAAGGUCUACUGGAUUCAGUGUUGCCAUAUCUAAUCCAAAAUGCAGCUCCCUUAAAGAAAAAUUCUUUUAAUAACGCGACAAAAGCUACAGAAAAACCAUCAAACUCUGCACUGCCCGUUCCAAAUGAUAAAGUAAGUCGCAGGAAAUCUACCGAAGUUUGUCAAAAACUGCAAGUCAAAACCGAGUCGGAAGUUGAAAUUCACGUGUGUGACGAAGUAAAAAACACGAAGAAAACUUUUAUAUGCAAUCAGCAACUUUUGGUCGAAAAGAUGGGCUAUUUUGCGGAAGUUACAUUAGGGCAAAACCUCGAAGAUAUGGACAUAUCCGUGCACUGCGACAUCGGCAUUUUUGAAUGGCUGAUGCAGUGGGUAAAAAAAGACUCACUACCCGAUGAAGCGUUCCCCAAACUGGACGCUCAGUGCGUAAUUCCGAUCCUAGUUUCGGCAUCGUUCCUGCAAAUGGAGCCCUUGUUGCACGACUGCCUGCUGUUUUGCCACGAGCACAUGAACGAAAUCCUUCGCACUUCUACGAAUCUGUCAUGCCUCAAUGACUCGGUACUCACGAGAUUGGCCGAUAUGUACACAAACACCGAAAUCGAAAUGAUCAAGGACCGAAAAGACAAGAUCCAGUCGCGAUUGUUUUCAAAACUGAUACAAUCCCUAGCUGAACCGGAUCCGGCGAGCGUAAGAGGGCACUGGUGGUCCAUAGCUCGGAUUUUCAAAUGCGAAAAAUGUCAACUAAUUAUAAAUCCAGAAGUGGCACCCAAAAUCCCUUGCGUACCGUCUUGCAUGAGGCUGCAGCCAGACGGGUCCGUUAUAAGUUUGCACGUAAGAGAUUCCUCGUGGCAAUUGAACGACUACAUUGUUAAACUUCAGAAAUUAUUAAAAACCUGGAGGAAGGUGUACUGGCGACUAUGGGGAGAAGGUCACUUCCUAUUUUGCAAUGCUUGCAAGCGCUAUUUCCCUGUUAAUCAAAUCGGUUGGUGUCGGUAUCAUACCGAUAACCCCCAGUUUUUCACACUGGAUGCCCAGAAAGCGCCUUUGCCGAUCGGACGCUAUCCGUGCUGCGGCGAGAGAGCCUACAGGUUCCAGUUGUUGGAAAGUUACUCUGGCUGUCAGUUUAGACAGCACACGGUCGCCACUCAGGAUGUCAGACAUGCAGCUGUGCUGAGUAUGCUUGAAACUUACCGACAUCUGAUUGAGGAGGAACCUCCACAGCUUUUAUUUCCGGAUCGGCUUACCAGACUAGUUGCGAGAGAUCCAAAUAGCAGCGACAAGAAAUUCGUAUGCAAAGAGUCGUUUUGGUGGGACGGUUUCGAGAUUAUUCCGCCACGACCUAAAAUGGGUUUACUGGCCCCAUUUUCUAAUAGGGCCUUGAGCGCCGAAUGCGAGUCGCUGAUAUCGGAAGAUAGCACCGAGGAAUUCACUGAAGAAGAGUCAGCAUCUCUCUCCGUAUCGACAACGUCUUUGGGUAGCGACGAAGAGGACACGGAAAGUAUCACAGCGAAGAGGAAAGUGACUACGAAAAAGGUAAGGAGGCGGGUAGACGGUAGACUAUGGCAGCAUAAUUUGUCGGCUAGAAGUAAUCAGGAUAUUCAGCGAGCCUACGAGGAGGGCCUGAUCAAAGAAAUGGCUUUCAUGUUAAGUAGGAAGACUAUGGGCGAACCCGUGAUUAGAAGUCACAGGGGUUUGUGCAGGGUCAGCAACCCUUCCGGCGGGCUUUGGGUUAGAUUGGAAUACGAGUGGAGAGAGUCGUUUACUCAAAACGGCCUCCAAAUGAAAUCAAAGGGGGCGCCACAGGCGAAGGUUAAACCACGUGGUAAAUUUUGAUCGGUACAUAAUAUUGUCUAAUUGUAGUAAAAUAAAACAACGUAAUUAAGUAAUUGAAUUUUGUUA